CAAAAAGUUCUCAGGGUGUCAGUGAUCACAUAAAGGUGGGCUGCAGUUCCACCACCCACACAAGCAUUCAGAUCAAGGAGAGACAUGGCUGCUGAGAGCUCACCAACACUUCUGCUGGCGCUCCUUGUCCUGGGCAUCUUUGCUGAUCCCUGUAAGGCUCAAGAGUUACGAUGUCGAUGUAUUCAGACGCAUUCUGACUUUAUUUCUCCCCAAUUCAUUGAAACAUUACAGUUGAUACCUGAAGGUGUUCAAUGCAGCAGAAAAGAAAUCAUAGUCACACUGAAAGAUGGGCAAUUAGUUUGUUUGGAUCCUGAGGCUAAAUGGGUGAAGACUCUUCUUGAAAAGGUCCCUUAACUGAUGACACAAGAAACACCACAUUCAGUGAUUAGUAGGAGCCCUUUGUAUCCUUGUGAGGUUGGACAUACUCCAGAAUGUUCUCUGAAGGUGGUUCCAUCUUCUUGCCAAUUAAAGACUGGAAUGAAUGGCUUUAUCUACGUAUUCUGGAGACCUAAAUGUUACUUUCAGGAAGAUGACUGGCUGCUUACAAGAGGAGUAAUGGGAAAUACAGUGAUGAAACUUCCAUUAUAUAGGAAAGAUAAGUCCCAAAUCUCAGAGUAGGCAAGGAGUUUCCCUGUCAGACUCAGUAUCUUUCUAGAUCCUACUUCCUCCAUUGCUUACUGUCCAUUUCACUUCAUUGAAGAUCCUGCUGUUUCCCUCCCAUGUUUCCACCCCAUACUUUGAUAUUACAUUUAAUGACAUCAUGAUUUUUUUUAAUCAACACCCUGGUCUUUUGAUUGCUUAACCUUUUGACUUCCAAUGACCUUCACUUCAACCCCAUUGUAGGAGGAGCCUACAAACUUGGAUCACAGUAUAAAGCAGAACUGAUUUAUCUCCAGUGCCCAAAAACAAAACACUUCUUUCAGAGGAAUCUUUGAUUCAUUGUAAGAUCUGAAAUAAAAGUAUAUUUAAGACAGAAUUGAGGCAUAAUCAAAUGUAUAAGAGAAUUAUCAUAAAUUUUAAGAAUUUACUUUGAAAUAAAGCAAACCGAAUGAAUAGCAUUGAUCAAAAGUAGAAGUGACUCAUGGUAGGAAACUAAAGUCGUCAUGAAAGGGAGGAAGAGAGGAAAUCUAAAACCAUCUAGACUCCAGCAAGAUCAUGAGGACGCUACCCAGAAUGGUGAAGCCAUGUUCUGACCGUUUAACUUUUUCCUGGUAGAAUUUCUGCAUAUGCAUAUGCAGCAGCAUCAAAUACUGAGAAAAUAAAUGUCAACAUUCAUGUUUUCCAUUUCUGAAGAAGAAUGUGUUACAGCUGAAUGAUUUUUCUCAUGGAGCCAAAGCAGGAUGCCAUCUCAAAAGUAAACUAUUCACAGUCACUGGGGUUCUUAAGAUUUUCUGUCUUUGCCUUUUUCUGCCAUCAUGAGAUUCAAUCCUAGAUGUUGACAUUUUAAUCCCACAAUAGAAAAGAAGGCAUGGUUGUGGAUCUUUGCAAGGCAGAGUAUUAUAACAAAGAUCCUUGUAUAAAAUCAGAAUCUUUAACAGGAACACAUCUACUAAAGAACACAGGUUUAUAAUAAGGCAGCUCAUCUGUCUCACAAAAUAAACAUUUAAGUCUCCACAAAGGGUCUACUCUCAGGCAGCUUGGGGAUUCCUUUAUAGUACCUAUGUGGUCUUGGAACUACUUGGGAGAAUAAAGGGGCCCAUAUA